UUACCUUCCGAUUUCCAUCGGGCCAACGAGUCUGCAGUCAAGAGGACAGGACCAUGGAAUAAAUGAAAGAAUGGAAAAAUAAAAACAAAUCCAAGCGGAUCAACGAAGGAGACGACUCCUGUUCCUCGAGCAACUUGGAGACUUCCGGUUACGAAGAAAGUAAAAGCAACAACGCGUUCACUGCCAUCGAAUUUGUUGAAAAAGCUGAUGACAAAACGCCCAAAAGUUGCAGAUGCUUGCUUGCGCAACUGAGCAUCAACUCAUUGAAGUCGGCCGGCGUCAGCAUCGGCAGACCCGUCCUCCUCACAAGUCAAACGGGACGACAGGAGGUGUGUGUGGGAUGGCCUGUGGCCGCGUUCCCCAGUGGCAAAGUGGGCCUCCCCAAGUGUGCACAGAGCAACCUAAAAGUGAAAUGUGGCGAUGUGGUGAUGCUUCAGCCUGUGACGGGUCCUGUACUUCAAGCCCAGGAAGUAAUUUUCUCUGCCAGGUCUGUUGAUGAUGAGAAAUUAAAUACGGACGAGUUCAGGAGCUUCUUGCUGAAUUCGUUAAUUGGAAGCAUUGUUCUUCCCGGCAACAUUGUGUCCCUCACGUACUUUGGCCGGCCAUGCAGUCUUUACGUGGAAAGUGUACGAGGAGAAGACGGCAGUGCCUGCCGGAGGCCAUCUCUCCCUCCUCCUGGUCCUCCCUAUGACACAGAGGAGCCGUCGGAACUGAACUCCACCCCCACCGACCUGUCCCUCCAACUCGGUCUGCUCGCCUUAGAUGAUACAAGGGGUCCUCCAGGGACCCCUGCUGCCAGCACACCGCACCGACCCACUUCUUGCCUCCCUCCCCUCUCCCCGGCAUCUCCCAUUGUGAACCAUAUCGACCCCCCUGUUGUCUGUGAGACGACCACUACCAGCUUGGAGGGUUCCUUUAGCACAGAAUAUACUCCGCAAAUCCCUGUAGCACCCUCUACUGGUUUUUCGAGUACUGACACCUUCUACAGUUUCGCCUCUACGACCAAGAUUAGUUUUCCAGUUAAAGCCAAGCAGAAGGAUGCCGAAGCCAAAAGAGCAAAAGUGACAUACAGCAUGAUCGGCGGGCUGAGCAGACAAUUGAAUGUCAUCAGAGAGACCAUAGAGCUGCCUCUAAAACAUCCACAACUCUUCUCCAAUUAUGGGAUCCCUGCUCCCCGAGGAGUUCUUCUUUAUGGACCUCCCGGCACGGGAAAGACCAUGAUUGGACGAGCCAUCGCCAACGAGGUGGGCGCUCACAUGACGGUGAUCAAUGGGCCAGAAAUCAUGAGCAAGUUCUAUGGUGAAACUGAGGAGAAGCUGAGGCAAAUAUUUACGGAGGCAGCAAAAAGGACGCCUUCCAUCAUCUUCAUCGACGAGCUGGAUGCUCUUUGUCCCAAACGAGAGGGCGCGCAGAACGAGGUGGAGAAACGAGUGGUGGCGUCCCUCCUGACUCUCAUGGAUGGAAUCGGAUCCGAGGGCCACUCAGGACAGCUUCUGGUUUUAGGGGCCACUAAUCGGCCCCAUGCUCUUGAUCCGGCAUUGAGGCGACCUGGACGUUUUGACAAGGAGCUGGAGGUUGGAAUUCCCGGUCCUGCCGAACGUGCCGACAUUCUACACAAGCAUCUAAGCUCUAUCCCAUGCGACGCAACCACGCAGGAAGUGGAACGGCUGGCUGACGCCGCUCACGGAUAUGUUGGCGCCGACCUUGUUGCUGUUUGCAAAGAAGCUGGUUUAAAUGCAUUGAGACGAGCGAUCGGAGCAUCCGACAACCCGUCAGACCAGCAGCUGAUGGGCAACGUGACCGUCACUUUGUCCGACUUGCAGUGGGCCAUGUCAAUGGUGAAGCCCAGUGCCAUGAGGGAGGUCUCCAUCGAUGUUCCCAAGGUCCGCUGGGCUGAUGUCGGAGGUAUGGAGGAUGUGAAGCUGAAACUGAAGCAAGCUGUGGAGUGGCCCCUGAGGCACCCCGAUGCCUUCACUCGCAUGGGCAUCCAACCACCAAAGGGGGUCUUGCUGUAUGGACCGCCAGGCUGCUCCAAGACUAUGAUAGCCAAGGCCCUGGCCAAUGAAAGUGGCCUCAACUUUCUGGCUAUCAAAGGUCCCGAAUUGUUGAGCAAGUACGUUGGCGAGUCUGAAAGAGCCGUGAGAGAGGUGUUUCGGAAGGCCAGAGCCGUCGCUCCCUCCAUCGUCUUCUUUGACGAGAUCGACGCCCUGGCCAGCGAAAGAGGAAGCUCUUCGGGAUCGGGCGGCGUGGGCGACAGGGUCCUGGCGCAGCUCCUGACAGAGAUGGACGGCAUCGAGCAGCUCGGCGACGUCACUGUGCUGGCCGCCACCAACCGUCCGGACAUGAUUGAUAAGGCUCUGAUGCGCCCGGGUCGUCUCGACCGAAUUGUCUACGUUCCUCUACCAGAUGCUGCGACUCGACGAGAAAUAUUUCGCCUCCAGUUUGUGAACAUGCCUGUGGCCCAAAAUGUGUCUCUGGAUGACCUGGUGACUUGCACGGACAAGUACUCUGGAGCCGAGAUAACAGCAGUAUGCCGAGAGGCUGCCCUGCUGGCCCUGCAGGAGGACAUGGAGGCUGAGCACGUGGACGCCAGGCACUUCCAGAGUGCCCUCGCCGCCGUGAGGCCACGCGUCCCCGACGCUCUGGUCCAGUCCUACGUCGCCUAUCAGCAGCAGCACGCCACCGCCACCCCGCCCUCUUUUCUGCCCCCGCUAUGAUGUCUUAUUAUUGCUUUUCAUCAUGUGCCUCUGAGUUAUCCAUCAUGUAUAAUACAUCAUGCAGCAGUCAAAUAUAAUUGCAGUCAACAUUAAUUGUAAACAUUUCAGAAUCAUGGAUUCGUUUUUUAACAUUCAGUAAACUAUACUGAGUGCACAAAAGCAGAUUAUCAUCAUUUUGGAUAUUCCAAUAAAUGCAUUUGAGUUUUUGGAUUA